AUGCCCAUUCGGUUAUCGUACUAUAGACGCUCAUUCAGCACGCUGGAUCAACAAAUUCUUCUUAUUAUACACCAUGAACGAUACAACUCUCCACCGACGUCAACAAUAGAAUUCAACGAUUAUUUGUCUUUCAGAUCGCUCAAUGUCAAUAUAAACUUUGCGAAUUUCAUGCUCAAGCAAGCUUCGAGAUCAUUGACUGCCAGAGCGGGACAACUAAAACAACAUUCAAGCGACAUCACACAAGCAUCUUUUCGGUAA